AAUACGUCUGAACUUGUUCAGAAUUGGUACGGCGCGGCACUAUUUUUCCUCAACGAGGCGGAGUUUCUACGAAAUCCGAAUUUCAAGACAGUACAGUCCAUUGCCAUACUUCUCGGAUUGGCCAAAAAUGUUGGGGACUUUGAUCUUCAACCGGUUCUUCAUGCGACAGGAAUAAAGAUAGGCCAGAUUCUAGGAAUUGAUCAGGAGCCUCCCAUGAUAUCCGACGACCCUGUUAUGCAAGAGAUCAGUCGACGAGUUUGGUGGACCUUGGUCAUCUGUGAAUGGCUGUCCAUACCAGCGCGACCGCCUUGCAUCCACCAAGCAGACUUCAAUGUCAGGCUGCCUCUGGUCCUAUCUGAUGAAGAGUUGACGACGGGAUUGAUCAAUGAGCCGAAUAUGGCAACCGAAAUGCCACGUCCAGUGGAUUAUCACAAUGCUAUGAUCUUUUUAGCAAAGUCGAACUAUCACUUUCAAAUCCAAAUGAGGGCUAUCGAAAAUCUGGAUGAAGAUAAUCUUCUGGAAGACCUUGUUCUGACAACGGAUGAAGCGCUAGCCAAUAUCAUCUCACAGUUGCCAUCUCAUCUUCUCGAGAUCUCCGGAGGACUAGCCAAAGACAGGGAACAAUAUCCACCCUGGGUCAACCGAGUCCUACAACAUCGAUGGGCCUCUUCUUCGGAUGUCCUUCUUGCAAGGUCAAAAGCAAUCUGUUUAGACUCGGCCAACACGAUUGUGUCGAUGGUCAAGCAACACAAAGUUGUCUUGGCACGCCAUCGUCCAUGGGCAACAACCUCUGCCCUGUUUUCCACUGCCUUGACCCUUGCAGCAGAGGCAAAGCGUCUUGACUCAAAUGCCGCAGAGGAGUACAUUGACAGAGUUCAAACUUGUUUUUCAUUUUUUGAGUAUAUCAAAGAUCACAGCGCUCUUGCAACGCGAGUCCUAAGUGAAUUGCGGGCGUUUUGUUUUCAUGAUUCUGAGUCAACUAGUGUCUAG